CUGAUGUGGCCAGCAGCUACAUGGACUGGCUGGCCCCCUACCUGCAGCACCUGAGCACACUGAAGGAGAGGUUUGAUGCCAGGGUGGUGGUCCCUCUCUGUGAGAACUUGUACAUGCACGAGGAGCUGGCUGCCUGCCCUACUCAGCGGUCCCCGCUGGCAUCCAUCCCCCACCUGGCUGCACAGCUCUUUGCCCACCGGCGUAACUGGGGGCUGCUGCUGCAGGGAGGGACCCUCAGCCAGAGGGUCUUCAGCCCCCAGAGCUUGCAUGACCUGUGUGGCUUUGCUGAUGUGAAGCCCUUUGUGAAGGUGUUGAGGCUGGUCCCUGAUGUCUUUCACCAGAGCUUGGCCACAGCAGAUCUUGCCCAGAAGUGGGUCUCUCUUCACCGCAACAGGUACAGCCACUCCCUGCCACCAUCAGCAUCACUGUCACCAUCACUGCCACGGCAGCCAGCAGCAUGGAGCAGAGCAGGGAUGGCUCCUGGCACUGUACAGCCCCCUCCAUGCAGCAGGGCCCCCCAGCAGCCCAACUCUUCCCUGGGCUUGCCGCAGCCCAUGAUCCCACUGCAGCCUUCAGGCACAGGCAGCAGUGCUGGGGUGCUGCGAGCCCAGCUGCAGGAGAGCCAGGAGGAGCUGCUGGCCCUGCUGCACCGCAGGGAGCGGGCAGCCACCCUUCGUGCUCAGGCCUGUCGCGUUUCCCAGCGCAUCCACAUCCUGCACCUGCAGCAGCAGGGAGAGGAGCCAGGGCUGGCUCGGUCCUGGCAGAGCUCAGGUAGGGGUACGGGAGCUUGCCGGCGUGAGGCUGCCCUGGCCAAGGAGCGGCAGAGGAGUCUGGAGCUAGAGGAGUACCACCACAGCAUCCUGGAGGCUGACUGGCUGCUGGAGCUGGAGGUCAAGCCCAUCUUCAUCCGGAGGAUUGAUGCGGUUCUGCAGCGCUGCCAUGCCCUGGAAAGGCUGCUGCGAGGCCAGGCACUGCCUGUCCCACAGCACACCCGGCUCAGACACAGGAUGGCCACCACCUGUGUACCUGGGCAGGCUCAGCCCUCUCCCUCUGCCUCAGCAGCCAGCCCCUGGAGCAGCCAGUGAUGGACCAUGGGCGGUGGGACUUGCAGCUACUCCCAGCAGCAGCACCCUGGAGAGCAAGACUGGAGGACACUCAACCCACCACCAUGGGCUGCAGGCAGUCAGCAGCUCACAGGGACCUGGCUCAGUUCUUGCCUGGGAAGAAAGCAUGAAAAGAAUGUGUUUAAUGAGAUGUUUCUUCUGUGCUCAGCACACGGGCCUGACAUUCAGCGUGUGGCUGCAGACUGCACAAGGAGAUGAGCACUGAGUGCUGCCGAGCACACUGGCACAAGCAUGCUCAUAUAUAUGGAUGCAAGCAGGCAGGAAAGUGUGUUUCUGGUUACAUAUGGGGCUAAACUUCCUGUUUCCAGCAGCCAGUGUGGAGGUUGAGUCCACAGUAACCAGUCUGCUUGAUGAUGAUGAUGAUGAUGAUAGAAAGCCCACCUCCAUGCGGGUAGUGGGUAACAUGGUGACAGUCCUUGCUCCAGCUGGGGCUGCUACCUUGCUGGCUAUGGUGGGCAAAGUUCUGUGCUGGGGAAUUUUGAUCCAUUUAAUUUAUUGCCAUUGGUGAUAAAACUGAAAGCAAAGAGCCAGAGGCAAGUUCCUGUGAAGAGUUUAUUGGUGUAGCUGUUUCCACUACAGUCAGAGGAGUCACAAUGCACAGAAACAACAGGCCUCCUACACUACACAGGGAGGACAGGACACACACGGCCACAGAUACACAGAGACACUCGUCUCUCCGCCCCGGGCCCUGUAGUGGGGCCAGGCUGUGGGCAGGACCUGCUGCAAGGGAGGCUUCUUUGUGUGAUGGGAUAUUUCUGCAGUCUCCCAAGGAAGGCAUUGGACCCUCCCAGUAAUGAAGCACCCACCAUCUCUCGCAGGAGCCAGGCUGGUAAGUGAGAAUGGGGCAGCGUCAUCUCCCAAAUCAAAUGAUGAAGUGAGCAUCCCAGCUUCCCUUGGAAGACCAGUCCAGCUCUGACCAUUAGGAAGAGGCUGGGCUGCCUUUCUCUUCUGCCACUGGAGUUUCCAGGGGCAGCAAGGACACCAUCAAACAGUUUCUGGGCCAACUAUGAACAAAGGCUGCAGGCUCAGGGACACCCCAGCAAACAGCUCUGUCAGGUGGAAAGUGUGAUGCACAGCAAGUCCCACCAGAACGUGAGGAAGAACUUUACUGAGCAGUGACUGAGCACUGGAACAGGUUGCCCAGAGAGGUUGUGGAGUCUCCCUCAGUGGAGAUAUUGCAGAACUGUCUGGAUACAAUCCUGUGCCAUGUGCUCUGGGAUGACUCUGCUUGGGCAGAGAGGUUGGACCAGAUGAUCCACUGUGGUCUCUUCCAACCUGACCCAUUCUGUGAUUCUGUGGAGCUGCCCAGAGGUGAUGGAGGCUGAGUGCUGCUCCUUCCCACCUUGAGGGCACAGCUGGGUGUGAAAGGUGAUCUCAGUACGGCAGCAAAA